AUGUCGUCUUUGCAAGACAAGACGUCUGCGCACAUCCCUGCCAUAACGGGGGACAUCGCGUACGAAGACCCCUUUUUACGGCUCCCCGCCGCCCUCACAGGUUACAAAUCAGGCAUCCUCUCCUAUACGGCCUCCCUGGUCUCCACGUCUGUGGGCUUCCCGUUGGACUCCAUGAAGACGCGGAUGCAGACCCACCAUUUUGCGAACGCGUUCGCGUGCCUUCGAGCCACCGUGCACCACGAGGGCGUCCGCGGACUGUUCCGGGGUAUUGCUGCCCCGCUUAUCUCUACGGCCUUUGCUCGGUCGCUCGGAGUGUCUAUUUACACAGAGGCAAAGCCCAUAGUAAGCUUUUUGGGAGCCCCGAUCUGGGGCAGCCAUCCACUAAUCCACAGGACGGCCCCGGUAUCCGAUCAGCAGGCCCAGAUCGACAAGGUGGUCAACAACAUCCCGAUUGCUGUUUUGGCGGGUUCCAUCUCAGGCGCGGCGGUGUCUGUUUUUGCAUGCCCCUUCGAGCUGUCCAAGAUCUUCCAGCAGAUCCUCCUCCUGGUCAACAACUCUAAGGAAAAUGGCAAAGGACUCUACUCGGGCUACAGAUACCACCUCACCAAGGACGGCGUGUCCUCGGGACUUUUCUACGGACUCUACGAGACAGUCAAGCUAUUUAUCCAGACGAGGAACGGUCACGUGACCCAGAAUUCCGAGCUGCAGAAAACGAUCAACGUGCUGAGUGUGCCGAUUUCCGGGGCCGUGGCCGGGUGUUUCAGCUGGGUCCUGGUGUUCCCGGUUGAUACGAUCAAGUCGCAGUACCAGCGCGACGUGAUCCGCAACAUUCUGCGAGAGGUGGCUGGCCGCGACAAGCUGCCUGUGGUAGCGCCCAAAUUGCGAUGGCCCACGCGCGAGCUGUACCGGGGACUCGGACCCUCGAUCACGCGGUCGAUAGUGACCACCAUGAUAUUUUUCUCAAUUUUUGAGUACCUGAUGAAAAAUAUCGCCUGA